GGAGUGACUGUGCACAAUACUUAAAAUGGCUCAGUUUCAGCAGGAAAUGACACUAGCCUAUGUGGGACUAAAUUUGUUUUAUUUUCCCGACCUUUGACACAUGCCUGACAUUGAGCAAACUGUUAAUCCGCGUUUUGGGAACCUGCUUGUGACUCAUUCAGUAUCCUGGGUCCAUAGGCUAUUGUCCCACCGCCAGGCGGCCUGCUGGGACCACUUUCUUCUCGGUAUCGCCGUCUCGGGACUGUAUGGAGACUAAGUUCGGAUCCGAAAAUAAUUCAGAUCAACGGAAACUACCUCUGUCUCUGCGGGGGAAUAAAAGAUGCGAAACCGGUGUCGGGGUGUCUCAGUCGGUGCCCACAAACUCAAACAGGGAACUCCCUCGCCGUGUUCGAGCUGUUUCUCCGCUGAGCGCACACUCGUCCAGUGUCAGUGAACAUGCCUGCGGGUCUGCCUCACACUAAAGCCCUCUACAUCGGGAUGGAGGUGGUGAUCGCCCUGUCGUCGGUCAUAGGUAACGUGAUGGUGGUCCUGGCUGUGCGUAUUAACCGAUCUCUGCGAGACACCACGUUUUGUUUCAUCGUCUCCCUGGCCUUGGCUGACAUUGCGGUCGGGGCUCUUGUCAUCCCCCUCGCCAUAACCAUCAGCAUCGGACUCCAGACUCACUUUUACAGCUGUCUUCUGGUCGCCUGCACAGUGCUUGUCCUCACGCAAAGUUCAAUCCUGGCGCUGCUGGCCAUCGCCAUCGACCGCUAUCUGCGAGUCAAAAUACCCAUGAGCUACAAGCGGGUGGUGACCCCUCGGCGAGCUGGCAUGGCCGUGUUAUUGUGUUGGCUUGUAUCCAUCAUAGUGGGCCUCAUGCCCAUGAUGGGCUGGAAUAACCUGCAGCGACUCCGCGACAAUGGCUCCCUGAUCACGGAUGACCUCUUGGUGAAGUGCGAGUUUGAGACAGUCAUCAGCAUGGAGUACAUGGUCUACUUCAACUUCUUUGGCUGGGUGCUGCCCCCUCUACUCCUCAUGCUGGCCAUCUAUGUCGAGAUUUUCUACAUGAUCCACAAGCAGCUAAACAAGAAGGUGACAGCUAGCCACACCGACCCCAGCCGUUACUUUGGCAAAGAGCUUAAGCUAGCUAAGUCGCUUGCCCUUGUUCUUUUCCUCUUCGCGGUCAGCUGGCUCCCUCUUCACAUCCUCAACUGCAUCACACUCUUUUGCCCUGCCUACGAUAAGCCAGAGUACCUCAUAUACAUUGCCAUCAUCCUCACCCACGGCAACUCGGCCGCCAACCCCAUCGUUUAUGCUUUCCGCAUCAAGAAGUUCCGCACAGCGUUCCGGAAAAUCUGGAAACUGUACGUGCUUUGUCAGGAUCCAGUCGGUCGGCUUCCUCAAAGAGGGAGCCAGAGAGGACAGAGUCAUGAGAGGAGGCUGAGGCAGAAUGAUGACGACGAUGAUGAUGUGUGACCUUUGGCAACUAAUUGGUUUGCUGUGUAACUGUUAAGUUUCAUUCCACUGGUUAAUGGAAUGGAAAAGACUCUGGCUUUAUUUUCAUCCUCGUGCGAUUACUGGUCCGUCUAAUGGCAUUGAAGGAUGUCAGAGGGAUGAAAGAGAUGAGGGAACUCCAUUCUGGACUGAUUUCCUCCAUCUAGUGCACUCUAAGAGGACAGGAUGACAAAUCAGCAUGGGGACGGGAUAAACAUCCUAAAUCAGACUUUGAUUUAAAUAAGACUGAGUAUUUAUUCCUCCCCUAGCUGACAAAAUGAUGACAUGUCACACGGGGAUAAGGGGCUUCUCAUCAGUUUCAACACCUACCUGUUGAACUUGAAUCAUUAAGUGUAUAUCUGGAGCACAUCCAGUACAAUAGCAGUGUAUGUUGUAUUGUUUUUUUGACCUGAACUAAAACUCAUAGCCCUUUUCAUGUGAAUGAUUUCAAAUAGGUAAGCAUUGUAUUAUGUGCUACAUUUACAUGCUUAGUUCUGUGGCCUUAUGGACAGAAAAUGUAAUGAAGGGGAACUAAAGUAUUGUGUUAAUAGUGUAAAUCUGGUAAACCUGUAGUGGGUAAGCCGGACGUUUUGUGCUUUGACAUGGACCAGGAUACAGGAUAUACUGUAUGCUGGCUGCAUUGGGUGAAAGAAAAUGUAAAAUUGACUCACUUGGAAUUAUAACCCAGGAUCUCUGGUGUGAUGAACCUCUGGUUUACCAACUGUGCUAAUGUCAUUAGACGCAUGGCCUUUACAGAUGUGUGGUGCAAUCCAGCGCAUGUGAGAUUGUGAGGCAAAUUUCUUUUUUUACGUUUUCAUUUGACUGACAGAACAAUUAAUAGAAUAGAAGAGUGACCAAUAGUUCAAGCAGAAAAUAGCAGGAGACAAAUUACUUAAUGCUCCUCAUUAAUAUGUAUCUGUUAACAUGGACAAUAGUAAAAACCAUAGCCACCUAUAGUAACUAUAUAAUUGUAGCUAUGCCUGUUUUUUUUUUUUGCAGGACUGUGAAUCUAAAUAAUGUUGGAGCUUAAUUUGAUCUGGGUGAUAAUUGUUUUCCUUCUAAAUUUUCUGGCAUUUUAGCCUUUAUUAGACAGUGACAGCGGAAGAGAGAGGUUGGGAGAGAUGGGUUGACAUGCAGUAAAGGACCAGGGUUGCAAUUGCACCCUGGUCACUGCGGUAAGGACUCAGCCUAAGUACAUGGUACGCACUCUACCAGCUGAGGUACUCUGGUGAUAAUCAUUUUAAUCCUAUCACCAGGCCCUUUCCACUGCUCGCAGGUGUUUUCAGUUACCUUUUCACAUUCUUUCCCCUGAUUCUUUGUGGCGAAGGUAAUGUAGUAUCAUCACAUUCUCCCUGUCAUUAUUUUGUUACAGGGCUGACUUAUACUGAUUGGUGUUGCCCUUUAAAAUGAGAGAGAUUUUACAUGAUACAUGUUGAAAUGGGACUGCUGACACUUCUAAUAUGUACUGUAUGUAACUAAUAUAUAUAUAUGUUAAUGGAAGAUACUGUAUAAAAUUUACCUCUUGAGCAAACAGCUCUUUAUCUCUGACAUGUCCUCUUACAGCUGUUGAUUGAGUGAGAAGAUUGGGAAAUCACUCCUCCAAGCUUUUUAUUAGAUUUUUUUUUAAUGGCAUCGAUAAAUGGAGACAGAAGAGUAAGCAAAAAUUAAAAGAAUAUGGUAAGCCCUUCAUAAUGCUGCAUGCGCAUUAGCUGGUGGAGGCAUCAAAACCCACUCUACACUACGCUAUUCAACAGAAAUAGCAUCUUGCUUUCUCCAAGUGAUUCUCUGUAUCAAGGCUAAACCCAUCAGUGGUGGGAGGCCAUUUUUUUGUGUGCACAUAUUAACCUUCUGGCACUCAGCAGAGAGUGUGCUUGCGUGCGAAUAAGCACAGGAGGUUAUGAGGGUAUAGGAGUCCAGGGGCGAGGUGGGGCACGGUGGAGGGAUUGUUCUGUUUACAAGGGAACCAGAAGGUGAGAGUGCAGCUGAGGAAUUCAUCAAGAGUUUACAUCUCGAGACAUCAAGGCUGCCCUGAUGCUUUCCUAUCCAAUAAACAGGUCUGUCAGUGUUAAUAUGACCAUGGUGAUCUCUGUCCUAACUUGUUGUGGCACUGUGUGUUACAACAAAUACAGUACACACACAGACACACACAUUUUUAUCAGACAAAUGUGCUAACUGUAUUUCCUGCUUGUGAUAAAGUGUCCAUGUGAUUCUUUUCUUACUUUGUGCUUAUGUGAAAUGUUUUUAAAGCAGUUAUAGAAUUGUACAAUUUUAUAAGAUAUUUUGGCAUAUUUAAGAAAAAUCUGACAAUCCAUUAGAAAAAUGGUGCAAAGUUUGUGUGUUGUUUUCGGCUCAUUCAUGUCUAACACAGUGUCUUUUUUGAUACUAGCACAGGGGGCGCCAAAGUCUGACAUUUUUAGUUCUGACAUAGUGGCUUUAAGUUUUGUUUACCUUUACUGAGGAAGUGUGAUAAAUGAAACAUGAUAUGUGCAAUAUUCUCAGAUGUACAUUAACAAUAUCAAAAGGCAGGACUAUUACAGUGUCUACAUGUACAAUAUCUAAGCAUUAGAUAUUGUACAUGUAGACACUGUAAUAGUCCUGGAGGCUCAGAGCAGUAAUAUGGUGAGCUGUUUUGUGAUUCUGUAAUAAUGAAGGAAUAAGUGAAUAAAUAGGUCAAAUGAGA